UUUUGCAGAUUUAGAUCUUGACACGUUGUGUGUUAAUAGUGCUCUGAGCUUAGCCUACUCAAAAGUGAACCUUGGACAAAUGCUGAAAGAUCACUGCUUGUAAUUUGGAGCCAAGUGUUGCCAAAUCUAUGUAAUAUUCAAAACUGCAAGGAAUCUAGAAAGAAGUAACGUGCACAGAAGGAAUUAGGUAGUUUCCUGGUAGGCAGUGUUUCUUUACAUUAUUAAUUUAACCCUUUUUCUUGUUCAUGCCUGGAUCCUGGCAGAGUUUCACGGAAGUGAAUUCAGCAGUGCUAUGACCCAAAUCCAUUGACAUGGUGACAUCAGUGUAAAUUCCUGAAAUGUCUCAAUAUUGUUGAGCUGCAAAUCUGUGAAGUCACAGGUCUGCUGUGGCUUCCGCUCCAGUUCAGUUCAAGAGGCUGGGGUGGUUUAUUCCAUUUCCUGUUUCUACACACUGAAAGAAAGUUUCCUGUACUUAGAGGAGUGGAGAACUUGCUGUAAAAGGAAAUGCAGCCUUAGCCUCUGGGAGUUGUGUUUUACUCAGCUCUCCAAGCCUGUCUGUGCCUUAUUGCUCUGCUGGCCUUGGAACACCUAUCCGUUCGGAAUGCUGCAGACUGGAAUGCAGUUCCAACCCAGCACCUUCUGGGUUACGGGAAUCCUGGACUCUUUUCCUCAAAGGCCCAGAAUGGCAGUGGAUGUAGCCAUGCAACUCUACCUGCGGGCCCCCUCUUUGCGGAGAGAAAGCUUUGCCUGCAAAAUAGCCCCGAAGGUCGAGAAGCCUUUGCGGCCCUGCAUCCACGUGAACAGCAGCCCCGUGUUGAACGAACUGGGGGCAGAGGUCCAAGCUCUGCAGGGGAGCCGGGUGAAAAAAAGGGUUUCUUUUGCCGACAGCAGGGGCUUGGCUCUGACGGUGGUGAAAGUAUUCUCCGAAUUUGAUGACCCGGUGGAUAUUCCGUUGAACAUCACAGAACUGAUAGACAACAUUGUGGGCCUGACGACGGUGGACCGAGAUGACUUUGUCUUGGAUUUUGUACAGCCUUCUGCAGAUUACUUGGACUUUCGGAAUCGCCUCCAGGCAGACUGCGUCUGUCUUGAGAACUGCAUGUUGAAAGAUAAAGCUAUUGUAGGUACCGUGAAAGUCAGGAAUCUGGCGUUUGAGAAGGCCGUCAAGAUUCGGAUGACGUUUGAUACUUGGAAAACCUUCACGGAUUACCCGUGCCAGUACGUGAAGGACACCUAUGCCAGUUCUGAUAAGGAUACGUUCUCCUUUGAUAUUAGCUUGCCAGAGCGAGUUCAAGCCCAUGAAAGAAUUGAGUUUGCUGUGUUUUAUGAAUGUGAUGGUAAAGUCUACUGGGAUAGCAACAAGGGGUUGAAUUACAGGAUCAUAUGCUCCGAACUCAAAUCAGCUCGGGAGAUUUCACAGCCUCAGGGUGAGCCUGAUUUUGGAAUUGCCUUUGAUCAGUUUGGAAGCCCCCGGUGUUCUUAUGGCUUAUUUCCUGAAUGGCCUAGCUAUUCCGGAUAUGAAAAACUUGGCCCUUAUUACUAAAUCAGAGACUUGGGAAUAUAGUUACUACACAGGAACGAGGAGACAGAGAGAGAAAACCCUCUUGGGGGAGGUGGUUGCAGCAGAGUCAGAGCGGCCAGAAGAACGGCAAGUUUGCAAUUACAGAAAGUGAAACAAAGAGCGUGUGAAAACUCCUGGCUGCAAAGGUUUUAGGGCAGAUGCUCUCUUCAUUUUCCUUUGAAUUUAAACAAAAGGAGAUGGUCCCUGGUCUCCUGGGACGUGGCUGCCUCACAGCUGCUGCAGAUCCAGUUCACCACUCGCUGCUGUAGUUCGGGCGGUUUGGUUUGGGUGCGUCCUUGAGAUACAUUGCAGUGUUGUAAGCUGUGCAGAACAGAUUUUUCUCCGCUUUGUUAGUUUUCUGUAUUCUGGAGUCAAACUUGCUACAUAUCUCUAAUAAAGCCAACUCUCUGACGAGAAACAAGAGGCAGGGAUGAGCUAGGCCAUCUUCCCGCCUCUCCUAAUCAGAGUGUACAAUCUGUGAGAGGCUAAAACUCUCAUAUGGAAAAUACUGCAAUUUUAGCUCAGAUGAUCCUUUGUUUCCUUCCAUUUUAGGAACUGCCUUGUUUGUGGGAAGAUUCCAGGAUGCUUACUCACCAUUCUGCCUGUAUCUCUUUUCCUAAACACAUAUGUACAUUUCUUUCAGUGGCUGAGUCAGAUGAGCCCAGUAGCCCAGUCAUAUAAUCCAUCCUUAACCAACCUGGUGCCCUCCAGAUGUGCUAGUCUUUAGUUCCUAUAAUCCCCAGGCAGGACAGUCAGUGGGUAGAAGACCAGGCUGGAGAAGGCUGAUGUAGCAUUUUAGCUUCCACAAUAAGUGAUGAUUUUAUAUAGGUGAUUUUAUUUAUCUCCCUCGACAACUUCUUUAUGAAGUGGCAGUGGACUGUUAAGAAUAAAAUUGUUUUUAAGUCUUAACUCCUCAUGACGCCAACUUAUUUAAAUAUAGUUUCUUUGGAACCGGCUGAGAUUAGUCAUCUGGGUGGAGAACAUUUUAAAAUUCUAUUCUGUUUCAUGAAUUUUAUAAAAUGCCCAUAAAUUGAAUGUUAUUGACAUAAAUAAGGUAUCAUGUCAAAUAAAGAAUACCCACUAAGUCCAGUUUCUUCUUGCCCUCCUCAGUGCUUAUGCCCAGUAAUAGGAGCAUUUUAGCUCAGUGCUAGAACAGACACUUUGAAUUCAGACACAAGAAUGCUUGGCUUCUCUAGGCAUAUUAAUACUCUGUGUCAGGCUUUUCCCAGCAGGCCGGACUAGAACCAAUUAAACAGACAUACAAGAAUUUAGGAACUUUCAUUAAGUAGCUUUAUUAUAGAAAAGCUAAAAGCCAUUAUGAAUGAAUUCCAGUGACUGCUGUGUAUCAAAUGUGAGUCCUUUUUAUAAUGAAAUCAGUGUUUAAAUUCUUGUCACUUUCUCCUGCCUGAGCUAUGCAAUGGGCUGGACAGCCCUCUCUUUUGGCAGAAAUCCUGGUCUCUUGUUUUGGUAAUGGACAAAUCUGAUAUCAGGUUGUUUUCCUCUGACUGUGUGAGAACUAACUCCCACAUCUGGCCUCUUUAGAGCUGCUCUCAGUCAGGGCUCAAAGUCCUGGGCUAGUUAGGCAAAUGAGCUGGAAUAACAACUUCCUAUAUUUCUGAAGUCUUGUAAUGUUAAGAGGGAAAGAUGGUUAACCAAAAAUGGUAAAUCAUUCCUUGUAUGCAGAGCAAAACAAUCCAAAAAUGUUGCUUCAUCUUCAUAAACUCAUCACUGUUUCUUUUCUAAAAUAUUUUCCCCUAUUGGCAGAAACCGUAGUCAACUACAGGUGAUAGCAAUGUUUUAUCAUUUAUUGGGGGCCAAUCCCUCUCUGGUUCUUGUUUAACACUAAAGAAAGCUAUUCAGACUUUCCACCUUGAAUUAUAAAUCCAACUGAUUAGAAAGUUGACCCAUUUCAGCGCUUGGUUGUAGUGUCCAUAACAAAAUGGUGAAGUUGCUUGAUAGCUCAAACAUAUGAUACAUACUAGAGUUUCAUAGCUCCACCUUAAAGCAAAUCAGUUGUUUUGGUUCCACUCAAUGGUGGUGAUAGAAUAAAUAGCUCCAUAAAUAGUUUUGCUGUAUGUGAAGCAGAAGUAUGAGCUGAGAAUUUUAGACUAAUACUCAGAUUAAUUCCUUGCGAUCCCUGUUCUCUCUGAAGAACCUUGACUUGGAAAGGGGUUCGUGCAGGCCCCUAGGCAAUUUUUGAAGAGCAGCAAUGACCAAGCUUGAUUACUUAGCAUGAUGCAAGAGCCUUGCCCUGGAAUGUUAGCUUGUGGUUAAAAAUGGGAAGGUCUACCAGCAUGCCACAGCUCGUUUCUAAAGAAAUAUGAAAACCCAGCAUUUCCUUAUCAUCCCGUAAUGGGUCCUGUCAUUUCAUUUGCAUGCCUUCAACUUGAAUUAAUACGUGGCCCUGGAGCUGUUAACUAUCUGUGUAUUAGAAACUUCAGCACAAACACCCAAUUGGUCUUAGAUAUUGGUGCUUUAAACAUAAAAACAUCUCUGCAGAGGGUGUGAUCAGCAGCUGCAAGCCUGUAUGAUGAAACUGGAUUCAUACAAAGAGGUGACUUGGCUUCUCCUCCCUGCAUCCUUCCUCGCUGCUGAUUGAAAAGUGAGAGCAUGCCUUCUUUGGCAGUGGGGUUUAUUCCAAGGAAAAGGAUUUCAGGACUGAGUUACUCUGAUGGGUUGACUGUUUCUUUCUGUGAAGGAAAAGCAAUCUAACUAAAUCCUCUAGUUUUUUGUUUGGAGCUUAAUAUGAUUGAAGAAAUCAUUUAUUUCCCGAGGGACAACUCAUAAUAAAAUGCACACGUUAACUGCUGCUUUAACAAGCUGUUGCUGCCUUUAGAGCUCAAGUAGCAAGAGUUUUAGAACCAGUUGGAAGUGAAGCCACUGAACACAGCAGUACAUGUUCAAAAGAAAUGUGUAUUGCAACCUUUCUCUUCCUGAAGGCCUCCAGAUGGUGCAGGAGAUGAUAGGGUGGUUGUCCGGUGGGUCUGGGAGGGCCCGAGAAGGGGGAAGGCUGAUGUGUAAAUUUGUACUUAGAGAGUAGAGAAGUAGUUUAAAAUACAAGCUUGGGAUUGCAAGUAGGAAGGUUACCAUAGGCUACAAGAAAUGUUUUACUCCUUGUGUAUAUUCAAGAAAUAAUCUUUGAAAAUCAUGUGCAAAAUCUGUUUUCAUGGGAAAAAUUCAUACAUGCGAUCCUUCAAUAAAGUCGCAAAUGUGGGCUGUGCACAGCUGCCUUGCAUGUUGAAGCAAAAUGUUAGUGGAAAAAAUAAGCUGGUGUAACUUAAUGCAUUACCCUUAAUCUUCUGAUCAGGACUAUAUGUGGCCCUAUUUAGCAGCCAGAGUGCGGUUUCUUCCUGUAGGCCUUGACCAUGCUACACAUCUUUAUAAAUCUAGAUCCCACUCAUGUGACCCAUCCCUCUGUAUUAAUCCUUCAUAUUCUCACCAAGCCGAGGGAUUUGAUGCAGGACUGAAACAUGUCAAGUGACAAUCUUGAACUGAAGAACUCUAGACAGACUGGACACAAGCCAGUUGGACUGCUUUAGUCCAAAGGUCUGGAUUCCAUGUAUCCCUGAAUUCAGUCUUCCAGAGGCCUUAUGCUGAGCUGAAAUGACUUCCUCUGCUAGGAUGUAAAACUAUUCUAAAGGUUGCCAAGAAAGUAGGUUACAGUAUUGAACAUCAUGCCAAAGGGGCAAGGACAAGAAUAGGCUACGUUGAAGGGUGCAGGUGAGAGGAAAGAGGCUAGGCGUGCACCACUCGCUGAACCCAGAGAUGCAGAGCUGAGCUGCUUGGGCUGAAUGUACCUCUGACUGAAUUUUAAUAACAUGAGGAGUAAUCAUUUUAACUAUAAGUAGCACACCCCUGCACAAAGUCGUCAUGAAGUUUGCUUGGUUUGGCUUAAUUGGUUUUGGGGACGGCCACCAUGGUUUGUAAACCCUGGCUUAUUGCGUCGUGUGAGUCCUGAUAAUUGGCUUAUUUAACGGAUCUAGCUUAUUGUGAAGCGAAUAGAGAGAAAGAAAAAGUUGCUCAGCAGUGUGAAAUGCAAACCCAGAAUGGCUAUAACAAAUGCACUUUUAUUUCAGUCUUCUUUCCAAAUUUUAAUGCCAAUUUCUUGGACUUUCUUGUUUCUCUUGCCUGUAUGAAUGUAAUGAGGAAUAGUCCAUUUUUUGCUUCAGGGUGCCUUGCAUGUUCUUAAAUAUAUUUUUUACAUAACUGAAAAAAUGCACUUUACAGUCACAAUGGAUUUAUUUUGUGUAGUGUUUUCUGAAAUGUAAUGUUUUGUUUUUAUCUGAGAGCAAAUAA